AUGAACAAGGCGGUGAUAUCAGCAAUGGUGGCGCUUGCGCUCACGGGCGUUUGGGCACGCGCGGAGGCGGACGAGGCGAUGUUGCACAUGACGGUGACCAAGGAGAGGAACGUAGAAGAGUGCGACGACAACUGCGAGCGCGACUGGACGCCCGUGUGCGGCACGGACGGCGUCACGUAUGGCAACGACUGCCUACUGGAGUUUGCGCAUUGCGAGAACUCGACGAUCGCGAAGAAUCAUGAUGGGAACCGCACUCUCCCUGCAAGAAACAAGGGACUUAAGACGAUGAACGUGAAGACACUGGCGAUGUUCGCGCUUGCUGCACUGCUCCAGCUCUCUGGGGCGUCUGCCAUGCUUGAAGAGAAGCAGAUUGAUCCCGAGGACUUGUGCCCGACUAGAUGCACUCGCGAGUAUAUCCCGAUCUGCGGCUCCGAUGGAGUCACCUACGCCAACAAGUGUCUAUUCAAGGUCGGUUGGUGCUUAGAUCCAUCUCUGAAGAAGAAGCACAAGGGCGAAUGCAAGCAUCUCCGUAAGAGGAAGCAUGACUAA